UGUGAAAAUCGUGGCCAAGGGUUUAAAUAUAUUAACGUGUCCCGUAGAAGAUUUUGUGUUCUUAUUAUCGCCUUAACCCAAAAAAAAAAAAAAAAAAAAAAAAAAAACAGCCAUGUCUCAUCUUCUCAGGCGGCUCAGGCUAUCCCUCCGAAGAAACCUCACGACUUCUUCUAGGUGCUUCUCGUAUUAUUAUGUCAGGGGUGCUGAAUCAUGGGUACCAGUAUCUGGCGAAACUAUCUCGGUUCCUUAUCUUAAGGUGCCUAUGGAGUUACUGAAGGAGAUAGGAAUCAUAGGAGCAUCACAUGGUUGGGUAGCAACUUUGAAAAAUGGAGUCGUGUGUCUUCAAGAUGACCUAGAUCUCCCUGAUACUGGCCCAAAACACAUUCCUCUUCCUCCUUUUGUAACUCUACCUCAUUGCCAAACCCAAAUCGUAACCAACGUAUCUAUGUCCUCUUCUUCUCCUGAUGAUGAUGAAGACUGCAUCGUGGCUGUCAAGUUCUUGGGACCUCAGCUAAGCUUGUGCAGGCCUGCUCAGAGAGAUUGCAAGUGGAGCAACAUAAGAAUCACAGACCCCAGCUUCUUCUCCUCCCAUGUAAUGUACUCUAAGAGAGAUGAGACGUUCUCGAUGCCCGCUUCUAGAGGCCACUACAUUGGAUCAUGGGAUCUUGGGAGACACAUGAAGGAACCAAAGAUUCAGAUGCUGCGGCUUCCCGAUGAAGCUCCAAUUCCAGAAAUGACAGAGAAAAAGUGGCAGAGAUUAGAGUCUUGUUGUACGAAGCAACACUACUUAGUGGAGUCGUUACACACUGAUGAGACUUUUAUGGUGAAGUGGUACACAGAAAGCCAUCCCAUUGCCAAUAAUUUAUGGGAUCAUUUCCUUGUGUUGAAGAUAGACAAGGAAGGAAAUGCUGUUUACACCAAAGACAUUGGACAUCUCUGCAUUUUACUCUCCAUGUCUGAAGCUAUUUGUAUUCCAUCUAAAUCGAACCGCAAAGUCAAAAACAGCGUCUAUAUGUUGAGAGAGCAGGAGUUUGCCAUUGUCAUGAUCGACACUAACCAGAAGUUUUGUCAAAGACCUUUCGCUUGUUCUUUACCUUACUAUAUUUCAAAAAGACUAUUAAUAUAGUAUCUCACUCUCAAAAUCUAUUUAUGCUUUUAAAAGCUUAUUGUGUGUCUUAUUUUAAUUAAAAAAUAGUUAUAUUAUAAUUUU